AUGCAAGAGGCUCUUGACCUCAUUGACGAAUCGGCUGACAUGGAGGUCUGGCCUGACGAGAAUCCUCCUGCUCCAGAGGUCAUGAGGGAAAAAGCUUCUACGGUUGACGGCAUUCUCACCAACAUAAUGGACCGAGUGGAUGGUCCUCUUCUGGACGCCGCCCCAAGGCUGAAGGUUAUCAGCCAGCUAGCCGUGGGUUUGGACAACGUGGAUGUCGCCGAGGCCACCCGUCGUGGCAUUCCGGUGGGGUACACCCCUGGGGUGCUGGCCAAAGCCACCGCCGACGUCGCCUUCGCCUUGCUCAUGUCCGCGGCCCGGCGCAUUAGUGAGAGCGAACGCUGGGUUCGCGACGGCCAGUGGACCCUUGCCUUUCACCCUCUCCGCUGGCUGGGAGUGGAUGUUCAUGAAAAGACCUUGGGUAUUAUCGGCAUGGGUCAGAUUGGCCUGGAAAUGGCCCGGCGGGGUCGUGGGUUCGACAUGAACAUCAUUUACCACUCCCGUUCGCGCCGCCCCGACCUGGAGGCGGAGUAUGGCCUUGUUUACGUUGACCUGCCAACUCUGCUGGCCGAAUCUGACUUCGUUUCUCUGCACAUGCCGCUGACACCGGAAACCCGACAUUACAUCGGUGAGGCCGAACUGCGCCAGAUGAAACCCACCGCCAUUCUGGUCAACGCCGCCCGGGGCCCGGUAGUAGAUUCCAGGGCACUCUAUACCGCAUUGAAGGAGGGCUGGAUUUACGCCGCUGGCCUGGACGUUACCGACCCGGAGCCUAUCCCCGCCGCCGAUCCGCUGCUGACGCUGGAGAACGUGGUUAUCGCGCCCCAUGUGGGCAGCGCAUCCCUGGCCUCCCGGGGCGCCAUGUGCAUGCUGGCAGCCCGCAACCUGAUAGCGGGCCUUGAAGGCAAUCCCCUGGUCCGGUGUGCUAACCCCGAGGUCUACAAGGCGUAA